AUGGACGACAUGGACGACCCGCGCAUCGCCGCCAUGCUCCUCAAGAACUCUGCCGCUAACGGCAGCGGGAACGGGAACGGGAACGGCAACCCGUUCGCGCACAACUUGCCGCCGCCGCCUAACCCGCCGCCUAUGCACGGGCGGUACGAGCACCCUUCUUAUUACAACAACGGCGGCGGCGGCAACGGCAACGGCCAGCAAGGGCCGGGGUUUGGAGGGAACGGGGGUAGUGGACAGGGAGGAGGGAAUGGACAGGGAGGGAACGGGAUGUUCACCCCGCCUGCUACGUCGCAUGGGCUGCCCAACGCCAAUGGGAAUGGGUCGAUGAAUGGAGUCUCGACGGCUAGCAACGCUUCUUCCGCUGGGUCGCCCGUCGGCGGAGUCUCCGUCAACAGCGGCGGCGGUGGGUCGCCCCCCGCCUCGGGCCCUGGGGGCCCCUUGACGCUUAACACCACCUCGCUUAAUAUCCUCGCUGCCCACACCGGCGCUAGCUCCCAUAUGAGCGCAGGCGGGGGGUCGGCACACGGCUCCCCAGGGCGGAGGGAGAGGAGUGGGUCGGGCAGUGGGAGUGUGGGCAGUGUAGGAGGGGGGAGUGUAGGUGGGGGAGGGAGCCCGGCGUAUGAGCUGCACCAUGGGCAUGGCCCACACGGACACGGAGGACAUGGCGGCAUGCAUGGAGGACAUGGGGAGUACGCGAGUGUUCCGAGGAGGUCCGGCGGGAUGGGCGAGGGGUACAUGAUCAUGAACGGCCUUAAUGGGAUGAACGGUAUGGGGGGCAUGGGAGGGAUGGGUAUGGCCGGUGGGAUGGGCAUGGGGAACAUGAAUGGCGGGAUGGGCGGGAUGAACGGGAUGGGUAUGGGCGGGAUGAUGGGCGCACACGGGCACCAUCACGUAGGGCUCGGAGGGAAUGGCGGACACCACGGACAGGGCCAGGAGCAUCGGCUCUUGCUCAGCGUCAGCGUCAACGGACAGACUUUUUUUCAAAUUCGAAUCGUCGCCGUCGUCAUCGUCUCAAGGUUUUUCAAGCUGCAAGUUGUCGAUCAACCGCCUCGUCUUUCGCCCGUUUCGUUUUUCGUCUUUGUCGUCGUUUUCAAGCCCAGCCCAGCCCAGCCCAGCUCAACCCUAUGCCCCUCGUCUCUCCAUUUCUCGUCUCUUACGUCGCCUAUCGUCUCUUCUCGUCUUCAAGUUCCCGUUCUGUACCACCCAUACCUCAAGCUCAAGCUCAAGCUCAAAAACCCCCAUCGACACCACGCACCCUCGGUCAGCUCCGCCGAGUGUCGACCCCACUCCACCCCACCUCCCACCUCCGUCGCAGAAGUUGUAGUCUACCGCGUACCGUCUACCGUUGCUUACCACUGCUCUUACCUACUGCCUACAAACCUACGUAUGCUCAGUGUUGUUGUUAUUGCCCUCUCGCUCGCCUACCGUUGGGAUUUGCUACCCCGCCUGCGCCUCCGCAUCGCUGUCGUUGCCCGCGUUCAUCGUCAUUCGUCGUCGCACGCCUUCCUCACCUCCACACCACCUCAUACCGACACCACACCUCGUUCGCACUUCACACCCUUUACACCUUACCGCACCACACCCAUUCGCCAACCGCCUACCUUCUCUCUUCCCCCGCACUUACUACCACCUUCUCUCGCACAUCCUAUUCCUAUCUACGACACCCCACGACGCGCGCGACGACUUCCCACCGACCCUCGCCCCAAAACAACAGCUGUAUCCUACCAUCUCUCUUCAUCCUCAUCAGACCUCGUCCACUUGUUCGGACACACUCGGACACUCGGACGCUCACACUCGUUUACUAUCCCCUCACCUGCCUCACCUACCUGA